AUUUUACACUCUUUCAAAGCACAGUUUACAUCCAGAUACAACGUACACAAAUAACGGGCAGCCUUCUUUUGGUGAGUAAGCCUUACGUUGAGCACUGCUGAUUUGUGAUCGUCGUUCGUAUGAUCCACCUCUACGGCGAUUUGCCUGCUUCCACCCAUGGCGUCUGUCAACUCGAAUUUGCCGUUAAGAAAUGCGUUGUCGGCCUGACUGCAAUUCAUUAGGCGUGUAUCGUUAACUGGACUGUCACCAACUGUGCAUGCAUCAAGUGCCCUGGAGUGUGGAUGCGUCCUUUGAUCUUUGGUCCUGAGCCACCCGCGCCCCAGCAACUGUCACAUGGCUCAUCCAGCUGUGGUCGUGCUGCAAUUUGCCUCUGCUUCUUGUUGCGGAAUCCGCCAGUGGAAGGUGGAAAGUUUAACCUUUGUAUACAAGUGUUGCUCUCCGACUGGAUUCAGGAGCUGCGAGAAACCACCACUCCGUUUGUUACAGGCCGUUGAACGAGACGUUGGACAACCCGCGGCUUGGUGGAAGGCACCCUGUGUCUUAUAUCCUUACAGCAGCUGAGCCUUCUAUAUCAGCAUGCUCCGCAAGCGCUCUACACUCGUGACGUAGUCAGGGAUCAGAUGACACCUGAUUAAUGUCGCGUUUUGGCGUGGUGCAAGACCCGGUCCAAGAAACAGACCUCAUUCGUGUGUAGAAGGUUUUGUAUGUUCGGCAUCCCCUUUUUCCAUAAUGGCGGUCUUUUCAGAUAAAGGCGACGUCUGCAGUCAGGCUUUGUGUGGCAUGAGGGAUUUCCUUCCGUUCCACUGCAACAAAUGCGGCAAAGUGUUCUGCGUUGACCACUACGUUCCGGAGAGCCACAAUUGCCCGCGAAUUCGCUCCGGAGAUCGGCGUGUGUACGUAUGCCCGACGUGUCUGGAAGCCAUUCCCAUGAGAAAUGAAGAAGGAGAGGCCUCAGCGGCGGAACGACACAGGCCGACGUGCCAGCCGGAGAAGUACGAGGAACGACGUCGUCAGCUGAGGGGUUGCGCCUGCCCUAUCAGAGGCUGCAGAGAGCGCCUCACAGAUAUCACGACUUACCACUGCAAAGCAUGCGACCAGAAUGUUUGUUUGAAGCACCGUCUUCAGGAAGACCAUGACUGUCAGAGAGUCCAACAGGCUCGCAGAGAGAAGCAGCAACGAGCUCGAAGUUUCCACCUCUUCAAAUUGCACAGCUCCGUCUCUUCCUCUGGAGGUGAAAAAACAACACCACCAAAGGUAGCGAAGAGUGCCGCCUCGAGUGCCAAAGGGCCGCCCGCGCCGCAGUUAACAAAGCAGCAACGAUCAACGUCGUCGUCCAAGUCCAGAAAUCGAUGCGUUAUAUCAUGACGUAGAGCGACUAGCGGUAUCUUCCCCAGUGUUCGCAGGCACCGGUCUGGCGCUUUGUCUGUAGAAUUUCCGUGGUUUCCGCGGGGGCGUACAAUCUUGUCUACGUGCCCACAUCUCCACAUUUCUUUAAAUGCACAUGCGUAUAUGUAGCGGGGCUCGCCCCACAAAAAACAGGUUUGUUUUCUUCUCAUGUCAUAGAGUUUUUACCCUUGUCCUGUGAAUUUCUGGACUCUCAAUGCACAACACUUACCGUGUGCUGUUUAGAUUUUUGAAGUCGUUGUACCGAACCCAAGCAUUUUUCGCGAGUUCUCUGGACCACUUGUACUGGCUCAGUACAGCCGCUAGUGAGGAUCGAUUUGUUUUGAAAGGUCUUCGCGAAAUUUUCGGUCAACAGUGACCGCUCCCGAUCGCGAGACUUUGAUGUUAUGGAUUCAUACAACGACAAAGACCCAAAUCUUGAAGAACACGAUUCUCGCUUUGUUACUGUCCGAUGAUGUUAAAGAUGAAAUCGUGCGUGGUAGGUGCUCAUGCCGUCAUCAUAUCUGGAGCACAUGCGUAUGUACUCGCCUUUUCGGACACCGUUGAUUUUUGACGGGCGGUGGGGACAGUUCGGACGGCGAAACCGCGAAAAUAUACACGCAUACGGAGGCCAGUACGUUGUAGGACCGGCGCGUUCCUUCGUGCAGGAAAGUGACAAGGGUUUAUCCGUCUCUAUUCUAACCGAGAAAGCGAGCACCGGGUAGUCGCGAAUAGCUAUCGCCGCAGCGCUAGCGGGUCGCGUAAAGACUUGCUACCAGAACCCACGAUAAAAGCAGACGAAUGCGUAUGUAUACAUCCACACAUUUAAAGUGUCGCAUCCACAUUCAUACGCGUAAGAGGGGAGCUGCACGCGCGUGCGGACGAACUGUUUUACUUUACUAUUUUGGCAAAGAUUUAUCACUGCAGACUUACAGCGCCUAGAUCAACGACAUUCAAACACACUCUCUACGCACGGCACUCGAUCGAGCACACAUGCACCAGUGUAAUCGACAGAUGAACACGACACAAAUGUUUAUUGUAUCGUCUAAAGUUGGUUGUGUUGUCUGUGGUCGUCGCUGUCUACGAACGCUGUUACUAAUGUAAGCGAGAUAGUAUCGCUGAACACCGGGACUCUUCUGUCGGUAUCGCAAGAAGUCGAGAUAGUCAACACAGAUCCGCUGACUAGAAAAGGCGUAACUCAUCUUGAAAUUGUGGCUCCGGACCCACCAUAAACUGUGGAAUGACGACGAAGCAGUUCGAAGCUUCGGGGAUACUCUGUGCGACACUUGCUCCUGCCUCAUUUUCACUCAUAAAAGGCGCAUCGGUGUGGUCGUUGGUUGCCACCGCGAGGGGUCUAUGGACAAGUGGGAUCUUUCUAGCAAUUCUGUUGGUAAAAAC